AUGGUGAACACUGGCAUGCAGCUGAUCAGCUUCACCUGCGCAGUGACCGGCUGGAUCAUGGCGAUCGCCGUCACAGCCUUGCCUCAGUGGAAGGUCUCGGCCUUCAUUGGCAGCAACAUCCUGACCUCAGAGAUCAAAUGGGAAGGCAUCUGGAUGAACUGCAUCUACCAGACCACUGGUCACAUGCAGUGUAAAACAUACGACUCUAUGCUGGCCUUGCCUCCGGACAUCCAGGCGGCCCGCGCCCUCAUGUGUUUGGCCAUCUUCAUGGGUUGGCUCUCCUGCACCGUGUCCUGCUGCGGCAUGAAGUGCACCACCUGCGCUGGGGACGACCGUCGGGCUAAGGCUGGCAUCGCGCUCUCGGGCGGGAUUCUCUUCAUUCUCACAGGCCUGUGCGUUUUGAUUCCUGUUUCCUGGACUGCUAACACCGUUGUCCAGGAUUUCUACAACCCCAACGUGCCCUUGAUGCACAAAAGAGAGCUGGGUCAGGCGAUUUACCUGGGCUGGGCAGCUGCGGUUAUUCUUAUGAUCAGUGGGGCUGUGUUGAGCAGCACGUGCCCCCUCAUGGAGAGGGGUGGCAGAUACCGCAGGGGUUACAUAGGCCGGAGCUUUGCUAAUUCACCUGCUUCAGCACCAGAUCCCCCAAAACCUAUCACAUCCAAUAGUCUACCACUGAAGGAGUAUGUAUAG